CGAUGGGUAGGGAGGUGGGGGGCCCGCCUGCUGAUAGGUGGGAGAACAGAGACACUCCAGAGAAGAGGACACAGAAGAGAGAAGAGCGUCCGUGGCAGAGUCGGGAGGCAUGAGUGAGACGAACUCAGUUGACCUGUGAACUGGAAUAACGUUUACUCUCACUGCAAGGGUCGGAGAAACAGGUUUCAGAGGCCACAAUGAGAAUACCCUUUGACAUGAACCAAUAUCUUUUGAGAUGGGUCCUCUGUAUCCUAAUACUACUCUUCAUUAUUUACUGCACUCCUUCCACUGUCAGUAUUUUGAAAAGGCCGACCCCUAUGAAAGCACAUUCUAGAGGGAGAAACGUCUUGGAUUACAGUACAGGCAUCACCUUAGACCUUUGGUACAGAACGGAUGUUCAAACCAACACAAGCUGGGGAGCUCCCAUCAUGUGGGAUGGCAUAUUCCAGGCUGAUCUGUACGACCAGACUCACAGGACAAAGCGAUCGUCUGUGGCGCUCACUGUGUUCGCCGUGGGCAGGUACCUGGACGCCUACCUCGGGGCCUUCCUGAACUCCUCCGAGCGUCACUUCAUGGUGGGUCUCCCGGUGAGGUACUACAUAUUCACAGACCUGCCCGAGAAGGUGCCUGACCUCCAGCUGGGCCCUCAGCGAAGCCUGGAGAUCAUCAGAGUGGAGGGCCACUCCCGUUGGCAGGACAUCUCCAUGGCCCGCAUGAAGACUAUCGCGGACACCAUUGAGUCUGUCAUCCGUCACAGCAGCACCCACGUCUUCUGCAUGGACGUGGACCAGGUGUUCACGGCCAGGUUCGGCUCGGAGGCUCUGGGCGACCUGGUGGCCCUGCUCCACGCCUGGUACUACAAUCUCCCCAAGGGGAGGUACACGUACGACCGCAACCCGCAGUCCAGCGCCUUCAUGGUGACGGGGGACUUCUACUACCACGCAGCCGUGUUCGGAGGCUCCUGCGCCAGCGUGAAGGCCCUGGCCGAGGUCUGCUAUCAGGGGAUCCUGCAGGACAUGGAGAACGGCGUGGAGGCACUGUGGCACGACGAGAGCCACCUCAACAAAUACUUUUGGCUGCACAGACCCAGCAAGGUGCUCUCCCCAGAGUACUGCUGGGACCCAGUCAUUGGCCAGAAGAGCGACAUACGUGUGGCCAGGCUACUCUGGGCGCCAAAGAAUUACAACAAACUGCGCCCCAAUGUCUAAAUGGGAGACAGGAGCUGUGUUCGAAAUCGUUCCCUAUCAUGGAUGUAGUGCACUAAAUAGGGUGCACGCCAUUUUGUAGGGUGUUCGAAUUCUCAGUGGUCCACUAUAUAGUGGACUUAAAAUAGGGUACAUACGAUGUACCCUACAUGUUACUCCCGUAUACCACAAUGCAAUGCGGUCGUGUUUUCCCGGAGGGGAAAAAGAAGCUGAAUAACCACGAAAACGAAGGGUGUGUUCGAAACCGCGUA